AUGAUCAGAGCAAUGAGAUUGAUGCAAAGUUGGGGUGGUGUCUGGACCAGCAUCGCUAGUUUCAUAUUCAUGUGGGAUAGGAUCCGUCGAUACUGUCCCCCUGAGCUUAUCCGAGCUUCUGAUAAGUGGACACGAAGAAUCAGGAGCUUUUUGUACCCUUAUAUUCAGAUUUCCAUCAGUGAAUUCAUGAGCAACAAUCUCAGGCCUCAUGAUGCCUAUGCAGCAGUCGAGGCGUAUCUCAGUGUCCACUUUGCAAAAGAAGCAAAGAGGCUUAGAGCUGAAACGGCAAAUGGUGGGAGCAAGUUGGUGCUAAGCAUGGAUGAACAUGAGAGAGUUACUGAUGAGUUUCGCGGAGAAAAAAUACAGUGGAUUUCAGGCAAACUUGUGCAAUGGGAAAGUAAGUACUUGCUAGAACUGGAAAGAAAAUAUUACAAGCUUAUGUUCCACAAGAUAUAUCGUGACAUGGUAACUGAUAUUUACUUGGAGCAAGUGAUCAAGGUAGGGAAAGAGAUUCAGAUGAGAAACAGGAAGAGAAAGCUCUACACUAAUAAUGGACACAACAAGACCACAUGGAGCCAUAUCGUAUUUGAGCAUCCUGCAACAUUUGGUAGCCUGGCAAUGGAAGCAGAGAAGAAGCAAGUUGUGGAUGAUCUCCUCUUGUUUAGAGAUAGCAAGGAUUUCUAUGCGAGGAUUGGCAAGGCGUGGAAGCGUGGUUAUCUACUAUAUGGUCCCCCGGGCACUGGGAAGUCUACUAUGAUUGCUGCAAUGGCAAAUUUAUUGGAUUAUGACGUGUAUGAUCUUGAACUGACAUCUGUGAGGGACAACACAGAAUUGAGAAGGCUCUUGGCUGAAAUAUCAAGUAAGUCUAUUAUAGUGAUAGAAGACAUUGACUGUUCACUUGAUCUAACAGGGCAAAGGAAGAAGAAAGAGAAGACUGCAAAGACCAACAAAGAAGUUCCUCGAAAAGACACAGAAGAGAGUGGAAGUAGAGUCACUCUCUCUGGGCUUCUGAACUUCAUUGACGGUCUUUGGUCUGCAUGCAGUGGAGAGCGUAUAAUUGUCUUUACUACAAAUUAUGUGGAUAAGUUGGAUCCAGCUCUUACAAGAAGGGGAAGAAUGGAUAAGCACAUCGAGCUCUCAUACUGUAGCUUUGAUGGAUUCAAGGUGCUUGCAAAGAAUUACCUGAGCUUGGACACACAUCCCCUAUUUGAAUCAAUUGAAAUUCUAAUGACGGAGACCAAGAUUAUACCUGCUGAUGUUGCAGAGAACCUGAUGCCCAACUCCCUGAGAGAAGACGCAGAGAAAUGCCUUCUGAAGCUGGUUGAAGCUCUCAAACAGGCAAAACAACUGAUGAUAAAGAAAGACGAGGAAUCCGCACUGUCUGAAGCUGCAGAUGGGUUGCAGGAUUCUAUAGACAAAAUUUAA